AUGGCACAGCACGGCUUCACGACUGUCACCCCUACCGGGUCGGGCAUCGACCCCAAUGCCUUGAAUAUGGGCGGAAGCUACAACCAAACCUUCGCCAGCGAAGGCUACGGCAACAACGCCAAUAACAACAACCACUCGGGCAGCGGCCCCAGCGCCUUCGCCACUGGCUCCUCCCUCAUCGCUGAUGAGGAUCUCCUCGAUGGACUCGGCGGCGACUCCGGUGGCCACCAUGGCCUGGGCACCAACCAGGACUACUCCGGCUUGAACAUGGGCUUCUCACAAGACGCAUACCAGGCACACCGUCACAGUUCAGGACUCAGGAUGGACCACAACGGCUACUCGAACACACCUGACGGCGAGCCCGUCCCCAGCCCUUUUGCUGCCAGCUUCAACGCCAACUACCGCCAGCAGAUGCAGAACCCCUCCAUGGCUACGUCACUCCACUCACCCAUGUCGUACCCCGAAGGCAACGAUCAGUCCUUUUUCAACGCCAGAACUCGCAUGUCCCGAGUGUCGCAACAGAUGCAGCGCAAGCCCUCCAGCAACAAGAAUAGCAGCAACAAUAAUGCGGCCCGGAGGCCCAUGACCCCCAAGACGAGCGCCAUGCACGGACUAUCUCUCGGAUCCAACGAUUCCCCCAACUUUGGUGGUCAGUCUAUCCAGACGGUCGGCUCGCAUGAGAAGUCGCCCCCCGGACAGUGGCUCAACACGCCGACCGGCAGCUUUCCCGCAUCCUACAACUCGGGCUUCUCAUCCCCCAUGCAGCAGCAGGCCAUGGUGCCGCCCAUCGACGAGGUCAUGGUCAAGGGGGGAACUUCGAUGACCGCCAAGUUCAGCGGGCCCAACGCAAACGGCGGCAGCGGCCCCAUCUCAUCCCAGGAGGCCAAGAGGAAGCGUCGGCGUGAGUCACACAACCUCGUUGAGCGUCGUCGCCGUGACAACAUCAAUGAAAGGAUACAGGACCUCAGCAAGCUUGUCCCCCUGCACCGCCUGGAAGACGACAAGAUCCGGAAGCUGAUCCAGAACAGCACUCCGCUGUCCCCCACGCUAACUGGCAUGUCAACCCCGUCUCAGGCUACCUCCGGCCUGGCCGGACCUGGUGCGAGGAGGGCUGCCGGAGCCGCCGGAAACAUCACGACUGGUCUGCCCGUAGAGGACAAGGACAAGGGCCCCAACAAGGGCGACAUCCUCAAUGGUGCCGUCAGCUGGACCCGUGACCUGAUGUGGAUGCUGCACAUCAAGCUCCAACAGCAGGAGGAGCUCAUGAACAGCCUCGCUGAGGCUGGCCAGCCCUUCCCAUUUGAAUUCACCGACGACGAGCGCCGUAUGCAGUCCGAACUCAUCGAAGCCAUGUCCAAGAAUGACGGUGGUAGCUUUACCUACUCGAGGACGAAUGGUUCCGGUCUACGCGUCCCCGCCUACACAGACUACCGCGGCAACAGCAACUCGGAUGUGCCCCCCACCAGCCUGGACUCUGUGAGCAUCACGCCUCCCGAUAACGGAAAUUCGGCCAUUAUCGAUGACCUCGCCGACACCAACCAGUUUUGGCAGGAGCCCGAUGACGACGUGAACGGUCAUGGCCAGCUCAACUUUAGGGACGACGAUGACUACACCAUGGACCUGGGACACUGA